UCGCAGCGCUUGAAAGUCUCGAAAGUGUCGGUAUCGGGCUUGCCGGUUGUAAUCACCUUAAUGGCCGUAAAUUCUCACAAGACGUGCGCUUAUCUCAGUAAUCAAAAACAAUUGUUUUUCAAUUGUCGUUUCCAGCUUCGUGCGCCGUCGUCUGUUCGGACAGCUUCAAUUUGGUUAGUCACUGCACUAGCGCGGAUAUCUUGCUGAUAUUGCUGAUAGUGUUGGCUCGAGAUACGGCUUAUUUGCAUUAGUUUUUUCAGCGCGCUUCUCGCAUUCUAGCCGCAAUUAGCGUUAUUAUUUUUUUUGCGAACUGGAACUGAAACUGAAACUGUGUGAUUAUCAUUCAACUGAAAUUGUGUACUGAGCAGCAAAACGUUGGAUCUCAGUGACUUUUUAUCUACAUAUCUUUUAUAAUGAAGUUAAAUAAGAUAAUGUGAUUAAGAGAUAGUAAAUGAAUACUUGUUGAGCACGGACGCAUGUGUUUCGGCAACUAAAUACACGAAAGUUGCAUUUAAAACUUGCGAUAAAUGAACACAGCAAAAAUAAAUGUUUAAAAAAUACACAUAACUACGUCAGCAGGAUUCAAGAACUGCAGAAAAAAUUGGAAAAACGAUUGCUCAGCAUUAGCUUUAGUCACAAGCAGUCCGACAACAGUUCGGCCCACGAUAACUCCUCGAACUUCUCUUAGCGACACUUUCACCGAAAGUCGCGUUGCAACUAUACGAAAAUGCCACCGCAAACAACUUAUUGGAAAGUGUUGACGCGCCGAAAAGUUUUGCCCAAUGAGGGCACGGAGUCUGAUACGAAGCUGAAUCGUGUGCUCGGCUUAUUCGAUCUGACCGCGCUGGGCGUUGGUUCAACCUUGGGCGCAGGCGUUUAUGUGUUAGCUGGGCAAAUAGCACGCGAUCAGGCGGGACCCUCUGUGAUGCUGUCGUUUGCAAUCGCCGCACUGGCUUCCUUACUAGCAGGCAUUUGUUAUGCGGAGUUUGGCGCGCGUGUGCCCAAAGCCGGUUCGGCUUAUGUCUACAGCUAUGUUUGUAUCGGUGAGUUUGCGGCCUUUGUCAUCGGCUGGAAUCUGAUGUUGGAGUAUAUUAUCGGCACGGCCAGUGUUUGUCGUGGCAUCAGUCUCUAUUUGGACACGUUAAUCAACGAUACGCUCAAGCACACCUUCGCCGAGAUAGCGCCAAUUAACGUUAGUUUCCUCGGCAGCUACUUCGAUUUCUUUGCAUGCGGUCUAGUCAUUGUUUUUGGUGUUGCUUUGGCCUUUGGCGUGGAGACUUCAGCGCUGGCUAAUAACUUCUGCACGAGCCUCAACAUCUUCAUACUAUUGUUUGUGAUAAUUUUUGGUGCUAUCAAAGCGAAUUUCGCCAACUGGUCUAUCGAUCCGCAAGCCAUCAACGCCACCACCACCGCAACGGACAACAUCGGCGCCGGCGGUUUCUUUCCGUUUGGCUUCGCAGGCACACUAAAAGGCGCCGCCACGUGCUUUUUUGGUUUUGUUGGCUUCGACUGCAUCGCUACUACCGGCGAAGAGGUGCGCAAUCCGCGCCGCAACAUACCACGUUCCAUCCUGCUAUCGCUGUUGAUCAUAUUCCUUUGCUAUUUCGGCGUCUCAACAGUGCUGACACUGAUGGUGCCCUACUACGAGCAAGACCCGAAUGCGCCACUGCCAUUUGCUUUCAAACAAGUCGGCUGGACGUUCGCCAUGUGGAUCGUGGCGAUCGGUGGACUGAUCGGUUUGUUAGCCAGUUUAUUUGGCGCCUUGUUUCCAUUGCCGCGCGUCAUGUACUCCAUGGCCGAUGAUGGUUUACUAUUUCGGUUUUUGGGCAAGAUCAGUCCGCGCUUUCGCGUGCCGGUUAAUGGUUCGAUCUGCGCCGCCAUAUUCACAGCGCUCAUGGCGGGUUUGUUCGAUCUGCAGCAGCUGGUUAGUCUCCUGUCAAUCGGCACUUUACUGGCCUACAGCGUGGUGGCCAUUUCAAUUACCAUACUCAGGUACAUGGAGUCUGCUGAUUCUGCGGAUUGUGAAAGCGGUAAUCAACCAUUAACCGAAAACUCCAUGCUCACAUCCUCGGGUACACGAGUCACCGCUAAAGCUGUAUUACUACAAUUGUUCAACAUCAAGCAUCUGAGCACACCAAACUCGCUUUCGACGCGUAUCGUUGGCACCUUAAUAACAGUAUUUUGUCUUCUCUCACUAUUCAUCGGUCUGAUAUUCAAAGAAGCUUAUGAUGCGCUGCUCGAAAACCAACUGUGGGUGCUUGUUCUAUUGCCCAUUUUAGUGUUAUUUGCUAUACUGACGCUGGUCAUGAUUUGCGUGCAACCCCGUGAGCCAGUCAUAAAAACAUUCCGCGUUCCCAUAGUGCCGCUUUUACCAGCCAUUAGCGUGUUUAUUAACAUCUACCUCAUGUUGCAGCUGGAUGUGAUGACUUGGAUCCGUUUCGGUAUAUGGAUGUUGAUUGGCAUACCAAUAUUCAUUGCUUGUUGGUGCAUGUAUGACAUUGGUGAUGUCACCAAGCGGAAUCCCGAGCGCGUGGCAUUUGAGCGCGCCUUGAAAGAGAGUACGCGCAACGCAAAACCGUCAGCCAAUGGGCAUUUAAACAAGCAUAUGAAAACAAAUGGUGUGCUAAAGAAGUCGAAGAGCGCCAAUGGCGUGUCGAACAACAACACUUUAAGCGCACAAAAUGAACACACGGUGAAGAGUCUAGACGAAAUUAUGAAUAUGAAUGAGGUCAGCGACGACUUGAUCGAGAUGCGACAUAAUGGCAAAGUUUUCUACAUUGAAGACAAUCGCAGUCACUCGUCGAAAAAUUCACUGGAUAAGUCAGAUGGCGAGAAAGAUGGCACGCGUGAGGAUGAAAAGUCUGUGAUAGCAAUGCUGGACGAUGUGUUGCAAGCGGCGGAUGUCGGCACUACAAUAACAUCCAAUAUGCCGGACUAUCGCAAAUUUAGCGUGGAUUCCGAAAUGCUGCCGAGCGUGAUCGAAAUGAACACGAUAGCGACAGUGCACACCAGCAGCAACUCAUCGGACGAUUUGGAAGCGGUGCCCGAGGUGGAAAGCGGCAAGGGCUCCAGCUGCAGCAGCCUUAGCAGUGGUACUGAGCGUUUCACCGCCACGCAAGCAGCUGCCAAGCAAUUAGUUGAUGACAUACUCAACAGCGCUGAGCUUACGGAAGCUUUGACACGCCAAAAAUCACUAAACGAAGCGGUGAAUCUGCAGUUUUCGAAUGGUGAAAUAGAUAAUAAUGAAACAAAUCUCCAAAACACUAAUAUUUCAACUGAUAGCGGUGUGGGUAAGCCAAACCGCACGGAAGAGAAUGAUAGCAGUGAAUUUAAGUCAAAAAGCACGGAAGAGAAUGUGUCACUCGCACGCAAGAACUCCAAAUCAUCGUUACUCUCCAUUGAUGAUCCCAUACAUUCCGAAAACUUUAAGAAUAAGCUAAGUAAAAUUCUAAUGCUCCCACCGGUACAAGUAACGCCGCACAAAACUCCGCAAAAGGAGCAAACACAAGCAGAUAAACCGGCCAGGGCAAACUCCUCACCGCGACCGCAGCUCAAACAUUCCAAAAGUGAAACGGACCUACGCCAACUUGUAUUGCAAGCAAUUGUAAAUACAGGAUUAGCCGAAUCAAACGACGAAACCGCACCGUCCGAUGCAAAUUUUAACGGUAUACCGAAACCACCGAAAUUUGAUCCAAUACUCUACAAAACAAUCAAUAACCUGCGUUCCAACAAAGAACGACCCAGUUUACAGCGACUAAUGGAAGCCAACGAAACGCCACAGGCGCCUACACAAACAGCCGAACCAAUGGAAGAGGCGGCACUGCCAUUUAAACAAAAGCUAGAAGCCGUGCUGAAACGCGGGCCAUCGCAUCGCCUGCAACAGCGUCCCGAGGCAGUGCCAAUACGUCGACCCAAGUCCGUCGAGCCAAUAACAGUGCAAGAAGUAGCCGAGGAGCAAUCAAUGCUUAGGCCCAAAUCAACUGGCACUGCGGCUGGUAGCAUUGCACGUUCGGAAAACAAUCUCGCGACCAAAAUUAACGCCGACGACGCCGCGAAUGUGAUAACGAACGCACGCAGCUUACUGAAACACGUACCAAACGGCACCGUCGAGCUGUAUGGAUAGCAGACAAUCGUUGCACGCCAAACUUUAUAACGGAUAUUUACAUGCAUACAUAUUGUAGAUGUGUAUGUGUGUGCCUAAACCCUACUUAGCAGGGCAUACUAUAUGUAUUAGCGUAUUCAAACCUAUAUACUGCAUUUUAGUAUUGUAGUUGUUAAAGAUAUUUAUUGUUGGAAUUUAUUAAACAAAUAUUUAGUCACAAAUACUUAAAAAGCUCAAGUAACUGGCUCAAAGCCUUAGUGUAAGCUCGUUGUUGUAGGCGUAGACACUCGUUAGCUUAAAUACUAUUUUAUUCUAUAGGUGUAAUACAUAACUGUAUUUGUAUUGUUAUUGUUGAUAAGUACACAAACACUUAUAUAUUAAGCUAAGCCAUAUAAGCGCAGCUUUGAAAAGCUCACAACGUGCACAAAAAAGCUUAUUGGAGAUUUCGUUUUAUAUACGUAUUUUUAUACCCUGCACAGAAUAUAUUAAAUUUGCCACCCAGCAGGUAACCUCGGGACCAUAUAAAAUGUAUAUAUUGGAUAUAUAGUCGGAAAAGUCUUUUCGUAAUUAGUCAAUAUAUCUCGUUGCAGUCGUA